AGGUAUCUCGGAGUGUUUUGUGUAAAGUGGUUAUAAAAGAAAUAGUAAAGCAUAUAAAAUUUGACAAUAAUUUUGUAUUCCGUACAUAGUGUUAUUCUGUGAUAAAUAUUUACCCUAAAAAUGUCAAGACUGCAAAAAAAUUAUUAAAAAAAAUAACGGGCAUAGCAGAAGACUGUUCAGUGUGCGUUGAACAAGAAAAUUCAGCAACUGAAAACAGCAUGGAAAUACAUGAAAAGCUAUUUACAACCGAAUCAGAGUUAGACAGCAAUAAUGAAGAGGAGAAUAUUAUCAAUGAGCGUUCACGUCCAGAGCAAAAAAGAAAGAAAUUAUCAUUGACAGCAGAGCGUAAGACUGAUGUAAAGAAACAACGUAUCGAAACGGGGCUCGAUGGAACAGUUUGGAAAGAAAUAGAUGCAAGUUCCAAUCCUGGCAGGACACCAGUUCAUAAUAUUUUUAGGAGUGUGUCAGGUCCGACAGGAUUUGCUAAACGGCAUAUAGUCAAAGGACAAGUAAAGACAGCAUUUUAUCUUAUCAUUGAUCACCGUACAGGGGAUCAUAUAAUAAAAUGUACGAAAGAAGAAGCAUUUAGAGUAUUGGGGACUAAGUGGGAGCUAGAUACAACAAAACUAGAUGUAUUUAUUGCUCUGCUAUACGCCCGCAGUGCAUAUCAGACAAAGAACUUAGAUGUCUCAUAUUUGUGGAAUAAAAUUUGGGGACCUGCAUUUUUUUCCAAAACAAUGAGCAGGAAUGAUUUUACUGAAAUUAUGAAGUUUAUACGAUUUGAUAAGGAGAGCGAAAGAAGCCAGCGUUUACGAACCAAAAAAUUUGCAAUGGUAUCUACAGUGUGGGGCUGAUUUAUAGAGAAUUCACAAAAGUGUUAUAAACCUGGUGCAUAUAUUACUGUUGAUGAGCAGUUGUUUCCGUCGAAGACUA